UAUACUCUGAUGCGACAGACAAGUUAGAGUACCCACCACUUCACCUUCCCCAUACAAAAAAUUCCUCCUAAGCCAUCUAUAUAUCUAUAUCUUAGACUAUGCAUUCGUAUAUAGCUUUAAAUUCCUGACUUUGAUGUAGGAAAAUUCCAUCAUCAAUAUUAUUCUACUUCCUUUGAUUAUUAUCCUUCUCGUCUCUGGAGGAAUAAUGGAGCAAGGUCAAUUCUGGAUGUGGACCAAGAGGAAGUACUCUGUGAGCUCUUCUAAUCUCAUCGUCACUUCUUCACCAACCACGAAACCCUCUUAUUCUUCUUAUGAUGAUUCUUCAUGGGAAGAGCAAGCUUUCGCAGAAGAUGCUUCUGGCCCUCUUGGUGGAUGCAUAUGGCCACCCAGAUCAUACACUUGCAGCUUCUGCAGAAGAGAGUUCAGAUCAGCACAAGCUCUAGGAGGCCACAUGAAUGUUCAUAGAAGGGAUAGAGCGAGACUCAAGCAACCUUCAAGCCCCCAAAACAGUGAACUUCAAAUUCCAAAUCCUUCUUCCUUUAUGGGUUUCCUGUACCCGUGUCAUAAUAGUUCUGCUACUAACCCUAAUUCUUAUCAACCUAAUUCUGUUCUUGUUGCUUCACCUUCUACUGAUAAGGCUUUACCACCAUCGUCAAUCAUUGAGGGAACCAUGAUGGUCCCGGCUUAUAAUUCUUCUUCUGUUAUUCCCCAGCAAGCACAUGAAGCUGCUGCUUCGAAUUAUUCUCCUCUCUAUUCUUCUUCAAAAUCGAACUGUUCAAACUUCGCUGAAGCUGAAGCUGAGAAGAUCACAGAGGUAUUGGAUUGGAGGUGUGAGGAUAAUGGAAAGACUGAUUUGGCUUUUAGUUUAAAUUUGGUCGUGUGUAGAGGUAUUGAGACAAAGGAAGAAGCUAUUGGUUGCAAGAAGAGGAGAACUUCGGAAUCUUCGUCGAUUCUUCCUCUCUUCCCAAAUUUAAAUUCUUCAGUUGAAUUUAGCCCUAGCUCCAAAGAAGAAGAGCUAGAUCUGGAGCUAAGGCUGGGUCAAAGCAAGCACAAGGUUGUGAUCAUAUCAAUAUUGCAGUUAUAUAUAGACAAGCUUCUAAACUUCAUAAAUAGAGUGGCCCAAUUAAUGAUCUCUCGGCUUGUUUCGACUAACAGAUUAUACUUGACAUUGUACUUGAUGGUUCCAAUAAUAUCGAUUCUUCCUAGAAAUAUCAUGUAAGUGAGAGACUAUGAAUCCAAUAACGUUCACUUUUGAUUCACAGCAUAUUAAUCCAGCUUGUCUCCUCCUGAAAGUAUGAAAUUUUUAAAUGAUAUUGCCACAUACAUCUGAUCAGUUUAGGGUUUCUAAUAUAAUUUUCUUUUGUGUUUUUAUCAUUAUCAAAACAAGGCUU